GCUUUGCCUGCCGGCUUAAACCGAGACCGUGCGCUUCCUCUUUUCCAGGACCAUGACAGCGAUCUGCUUCGUGUGCAACCUGCCGAUCCUGAGUCAUCAGGUCGGGCUGAUAUGGCAGGGCGGCAACGGCUGGGACGACCUCGUGCGAGAGCAAGUGGAGGAGUCCACUCUGAGGCAACGUCUGGGAACGGGCAGACGAGACUCCGCGGCGCAGAUCACGUCGAUCUCGCCACCGAACGAGACUCAGGAUUGCUCGCCGACGAACCAGCGCCGUCGGCGAUCGAGCCUCGCUCAGCUCACCGACAUUCUGCGCGAAUGGGGUGGCGGAGGUAUCUCCACGAAGAGCAGCCGCAGCAACAAGCUCUGCCGAAGGGAGACCUUGGCGGACAUCGCCAAGUCACUGCCGUGGUCGCGACAAACCACCACUGACGCCAGCCACCUGGUCAGUCUGCGAAAGAGGCGGGAGAGCUCGGUCGACAGCGGCAUCCGGAGUCAGGUGUCGAGCAAGUCCAGACGGGACUCCGCCAUCAGUGACCUUAAGAACGACAUAGCCAGACUCUGGAGCAAGAAGGAUGUGCUGCUGCAACCGCAGCCGCCGCCCACGGUCAUCUCGCCCACGCCGCGUCGAGGCUCGGGCGAAUCGAAAAACUCUCGCCGCGGUUCGGGCGAGAGCGCCAGGUCUAGGAGGGAUUCGGUGAUUACGGGACAAUCUCAGAGCCCAGGCGAUCGCAAGCACAAUUGUCGUCAUCACAGACGUAGGCAAUCUCAGCAGUCUGUCGACGGAGGUGGCGUCACGCCUACGAAGUAUUACAGAAAUGAUCAAAGGCCGAGCGCUUCCAGCACAGACAGCGCGGGCAGUAAUACGGUUCGAGAACAUCUGGAGGCUCAGAGAAAUUCCACGGACAAAAGCGAGAGGUCGAGCAGCUUCGAAGCCAAGACCCAAUCGACGGGACCCAUCAUGGUCGAUGCAAAGACGAUGAUGACGUCGUCCUUGAUAGUCAACGGGAAGGCGUCGGCCUCGACGACGACCGAACCGAGGACAGCGACGGUGUCGAUAAACACCUCGCCAGUGAUGUCGACCUUAAGCGUGGACACGAGGGGCGCGAUUGAGAAAUCCAGUCUGGACGUAUCCGUGAACCCACCAACCAUCGUUAUGUCUUCGGUAACGCCACCGGCGAUCUCACCGACGGCCGGAAGCAGCCUUCCGCUGCCCGGAACGUCGACUUCCGGUAGCUCCAGCCCGGUCGGCUCCCCGAACGUCAACAACACACCUACGCAUCCGUUACUUUCCACUCGAAGGGACUCAACCACGCAGUGCAAUUUCAAGGGUAAAGAGGUCUCGCCGAGCAAACUGUCGAGGCUGAUACGCCAGCACGCAGCAAUUGAUGAAUCGAUGCCACCCACGGGACGUCGUGGUAGUCAGCCAACUUUAUCACCGGAUCCUGAUGACGGGGGCCGGAAAGCACGGAGGGACUCCUUGAGCCCGGAUUCUGCUUCCUACCUGCGACGUCGCGAUUCAAAAAGUCAUCUGAGUCCUGAUAGAAACGUCGAUAAAAGGGAUAUCAGUCCUAUCAGGCAGAGAAAAGGUCGAUUGAGAAGACAGUCCACCUCCAUGGCUGGUCGGCCACCACGAUCACCAGACAGUUCCUCGUGUUCGUCCAGAGAACCCAGUCCUUGCGCCCGCGCACCCGGCAGUAUCCACCAUGCGCCGAUAAUACGACGACAAUCCACCACGGAGGAAAUCCUGAUAGCGCGCGGUUUUCGACGGCAGAGCACCACCGAAGAAAUGAUACGAUGCCGCAAUUUCAGGCGACAGAGCUCUCAGAGCGACGACACGGUUCAGAGAUCUCGCGGACGAAGAAACAGCUCGGCUCAAAUCACGGAUGGCACUUUCGCAUCGAUGACAGUUGAAACGUCCAGCACCUUAUUUGACAGCAGCACCCAGACUGAACCGUCGCCGUUGUACGACAACAACCACUACCACGAGGAGUGCCUAAAAUGUAACAGCUGCGGCCUGAAUCUCACGGGACCCAAUCAAAAGCGGGCGAGACGAUUCAAGAACCAGAUACUUUGCGAUCUGCACUUUGCCGACGUGGCGCUGAUGGAGUGCUCGGACUUCAUGCAGCAGUUGCGCAGCUUCAAACCACAAAGUUUAGGCUGUGCAGUUGCGAGAAGAAAGUCCUCGACCACCCUGAUCUUCCCGUUGCCACCUCAGGCGUGCUCCGACGAGUUCUGCCAAGAGUACCCGCACAACCUGAUACCAACACCCGGCUACUGGAUCGAAUGCUCGCGGCAACAGAUCACGUCAGACACGAUCUGGGACGAAAGUGAGAGCGAGCACGAGGCUACCGAUCCCGAGCAGGCGGAGGGACAGAGCGCGGAGGAUCGUUCGUCGAUACUGAAGCGGCAGGAAAAGAGCUCCUGCCUGUUCGAAGCGGAAAAUGAAGGCGACACGGACGAUCCGCCGCGAAAGAAGACCACCAUCGAGGAGCAAUGGGAAAAGAAUCAGGGUUUCGAGCUCACCUCCGUCGAACAGGAGACCUACGAGAAAUAUUUCUACGGCUCGGAGCAUUGGAAUUACUUUACAAACGACGAGGAUUUGGGGCCGGUGAUACUCAGCAUCAAGCAAGAGACGCUCAACAAUCGUGACCAGUUUAGGAUCUUGGUCAGAGCCAUCAGUUAUACGGUCCACGGCCUUAUCCCCGCCAGCUGCGUCUUUGCUGACCGGUAUAAUCGAGAAGAAGUGGUACGUAGUCUUGGCAAGGAGGUGAACAUCAAUCCACCGUUAACCCUGGGCCAAUUGCCAGAUACGCCCGAAGAACUUCUGAAGCUCGAUCAGGUUUUUAUCAAGUCGGAGCUGAAGGUGGGGAUGAUUUAUGUUCAGGAAAAUCAGUAUGGCGAGGAGGAUAUACUAGAUAACAACGACAACUCGCUGCUCUUCGAGGAAUUCCUGCAGAUUCUCGGGGACAAGGUCAGGCUGAAGGGAUUCGACAAGUACAAAGGCGGUCUCGACACCGUACACGAUUUGACGGGCCUAUAUUCUGUCUACACCAAUUGGAGGGGCAUCGAGAUAAUGUUCCAUGUGUCCACCUUAUUGCCUUACGAGAAACACGAUCUUCAAAAACUUCAGAGAAAAAGGCACAUCGGCAACGAUAUAGUGUGCGUCGUAUUUUUGGAAGCCGACAACACGAGCUUCAGUCCAGCUUGCAUCAAGUCGCACUUUUUGCACACAUUUAUCUUGGUGCGAGUGAGUCCACGGAUAAAGCGGAAAAUCACGAGAUACGAGGUGUCCGUAGUUACAAGGGAUGAAGUUGGGGCCUACAAACCGUAUCUAUGGGAGCAAAGUGUCUUCGAAAAAGGUCCGAUGUUCCGGGAAUGGAUAUUAACGAAAAUCGUGAACGGCGAAAGGGCGAGCUACUCCGCGCCGAAAUUCGCGAGAAUGCAGGAGCGAACGAGAAGUCAAAUGUUGGAGGACAUCGUGGCGAAUCUCGCUAAUCACGCGGAAACCGGCCAGAUUCCGAAACCGUACAGACGUGGUUCUUGGCGACCGAUUGGACACAUGAGACCGUCUUCACCAUUAUUGGACUCGGUGCGAGAUCAGUUUGAGGAUUAUGAUCAACUUGCCAAGGACUUUACUAGGGUGUUCCUCAAUAAUUCAGCGAACGUGACGCUAAACACUAGUCUGUUCGACGUGUCUUUCCUCGUGCCCGGACAGCAAAAACAAAAAGUCCGAUUUAUCGGCGUUAGGGCGAUUCUAGCAGUAAGAAGCAGAGUGUUUCAAGAGAUGUUGUACGGAAUUCAAGCGGGUUUCGGAAGCCCGCAAGUACCGGUUGCCGAGUUGCUCGCGAGACCGGCGCCGACAUUGCUUAGUCCGCAGAAGCCGAAGAGCUCGAAUUUCCUACAAGUUCCCGACAUGGAGAGUCCUAGGCCCAAAAGUGUCCCUUCGUCGCCGAUGGUGAAACGGGCCUUCUCACGACUGGGUACGAUCACGGCAGGAUGGGGAAGGAGCAUCAGAAAGCACGGCAGCACUAUGCAGAGCGAGGAUCGAAAGCGGUGGGCCAGCUCGCAGGAUUGCAGCAACAAGGAAGCAAAGGAUAAGGAUAAAGCCCAGUCAUUGGCAGUGCCGCGACUCAGCGUAUGCGCGGACGCGCAGAAAGUAGAUAGGGCCAAACUAGCACAGACCGAGUUUGACAUUAUCGAGUUCGACCCAGAGACUUUCCGAAUUCUGCUGGAUUACCUGCACACCGGAUCCUGUCCGCUGACGUGCAGCAACAUACCUGGUCUAAUAUGCGCCGCGGAGCACUACGACCUGCCGGAACUUCUUCAGGCUUGCUUCCAUCACGCCAAGCAGUUCCUCAGGGUCGAGAUUGUCUGCGUGAUGUUGUGCGCCCUCGAGAAUUAUUACUGGCGUUACACGUCCGCCUCGGAAUUGGUCAACAUGAUCCUCGCAUUCAUCGAGACGCGGGCCGAAUUGCUCUUUAAUCACUCGGACUUUGUCACCUUGAGCGAAUCAAUGGUACAGAUGAUUAUGUGUCGCGGCCUCGAACUGGCGGAGGUCAAGAAAUUCGAGGCGAUGCUGAACUGGGCGAAGCACAGAAUCAAAACCAAAUCGACCAAGAUCGACGCCAAGGUGGAGUUCAAAUGUAUCAUGGACAGGCUCAGCAGGGACCUCAAGUUACAUAAGAUAACGCCUCAAGAACUAAUCAGGAUCGUAUUGCCAUCGAAAGUUAUAAAGAACGAGAGAAUCCUUGAAACUCUGAUGUAUCAAGCGAAUUCAGGCAUAUACAGAAACAUCGACAGCUGUUUGGAAGCGUACCAGAAGAAAGUGCAGGAUCAAAAAGAAAGUUUUGAUUACGGACUAUGAAAGUUAACGAAUACGCGUAAGGUGCAACAAGGACGAAGUGUACCUGAAAAACGCGUAUCGAUAAAGGAACCAUAAAUUUUCCGACGUUGAGAAGAUGAUUCUUUCGCAACGUUGCGGCACGCAUGUCGUACCGGAUAUUACAUGCGAAUAGUUUUUUUUUUCGUGGCAAUGAUUUGCAAUUGAAGCAUUCCAACUGCGACCACGAUAUGUCGAUAAAUACACUGCGAGGCCUGACACAAAUUAUGAUAGAUUUCUCCGAUGUUACACAAGAUCGUUGCUGAGUCACUCGACGGAUAAUAAGUUUAAACGUAAGUUCGGCUCCGUUCGCGUAAAUUUUAUUAUUUGAUACUGCAGUAAUUCAGUUACAUGUGGUAGUGUAACAGACUGCCAACUUUGUUUUGUUAUCAAAGUGAAUCCGUGAGAAGAAUAAUGUUGUAACGCUGGUAUCAAUGGAGGUGUGUUUGAUAAAGAAUUUUUAGAAAUUUCUUUAGAAAGUUAUCCGAGGGAUUUGAAAAAUAUAGUAAGUUACCUGUUCGAGAAUCUUUUGGUUUAUCAGACAAAUGUCAGUUGAAUUUGUGAAAUAAUUUCCGUGCAUAAUUACUUUCAGGUGAAACUUCUCAAUUAAACAUUUUCAUAUGCAUAAUUUGCUUCCAAUUUUGAAAAUACAGACACUGUUUUCUAAUGAUGCUUCCACGAGAUACAUUUCUUCGGUUUAGCUGAAUUUUGCUUCCAUUUUGGGGUAAACGUUAGGAAGUCAGAAAAUUUUAUUAGCUGUAAUAUCUAGCAUUCUUAAAACUGAUUCUCACUGCUUAGUUUUUUUUCUAUAUCUCUUUUCUGAAUAUACACAUUAUGUGAUUUUAGUUAAAUAUUUAUAUGAAUUUUUGUGAUUCGAUAUCGAUUGCAAGGAGAGUUAUUUUUGAUAAUAUAAGCUCUUCCAAGGUGUCGUAAGAUAGCAAGUACAUAUUAUAUCAAUGAAUCAAACAGGGAAUGAAACAGGAAACACGUUACGUCACUUUCGUGUUACAGUUUCGUAAAUAGCCGUUAUCAAUCUUCACAGACUUUGUUAUUAAUAUAUUCCUAACAUGUGAUUGAAAAUUAAGUGUAAAGUAUUGAUUGGCUCGCGGAUAACGCGAGAAAGCGGGAAAAGCACAAUUUUCAUACCGUUAAUGAGAAGAUUCACGCAAAUAAAAUCUCUGAUCAGUCAAGGUAAUAAUUAAUUAAGGAAAACUUUUAUUACAUUUCAAUACCGCAGGUGAACGUUGACAAAUCUGACUAGUAAUAUUUAUUGUGCGGCAAUGUCAUCUGUCCUUUGGCUUUGGUGAAAUGACAAAGGCGAAAAUAGCAAACGAAUCACUUGACGAUACGGCGUUUCCGUUUUGUCGACGCGAAGGGUUAAGAAAAAUUCACUUUAAUGAUGAUCGGUCAGAAAGGCUUUCGAUUGAGAGCGCGUAUCGUAUCGGCGGCACUUAAUAAAUUGCCGACACAUGACAAUCUGUAUCAUAAAAGAAAACGCUACUAAUAGCACAUAAGAAUGGUUUACUAUUACGUAAGCUUAAAAAAGAACAUAUAAAUAUACAUAUAAUAUAUAUAUAUACGUAUCGUUACAUAUGCAUAAGAAUAAAACGAUAA